AUGCACAGUCUGCGGAGUCUCAAAGACGUUACUGCCAGCAAGCGUCAGCAAAGCUCACAAGGAAAGGCCUAUGAGGAGUUCCUUUCCAUCGAGGCAGUCAUUCUGCAUCUUGAUUCUCCGUCUACCUGUUGGCCACAUGAAUCACAUCCACAUCAAUUUCCAAUUCCACCUGCAUUGCGAGGUUCUCAUUCAUCGACAUCCUCCACUACUGGACAUCAUCAUCCUCGAUCUGGGUAUGUCUUUGGUGUCGGCAAAAACUUAUUCAACAGGUUGCAAGAGGAUCAAUAUGAUUAUCGGAGGAAAAUGAAUACAUAUUACCCUUUUCAUGAUGAAGGGGAGUGGGAAUUGGCGAGGUUUCUAGUUGAAAACCUGACUCAGACUCAGAUCGACAAAUUUUUGAAGCUGAAAUGGUUUCACACCCGCCCAAGACCAUCUUUCACCUCAAAAGAUCAACUUCUCGACUGGAUUGACGCACUCCCCUCUUUUGUGCCUUGGAAAGUCUCGACCAUGGAGUUUACAGGCUACAAGACAACCUAUCCUUUGCAACUCAUCUGGCGUGAUGCUCUCGAAGUUGUCAAACAGCUCUUUGGCGAUCCCGUUUUCGCCAAUCACAUUACUUUUCAGCCACAUGUUGUCGACAUUGGGGGUCAGCGUGAAUAUGGGGAUUAUAUGAGCGCCAAUAUGGCAUGGAAAAUUCAGGACCAUCUCCCAGUAGGUGCUACACAAGUACCGAUCAUCCUGGGAUCAGAUAAAACACCUGUGACACGCACUACUGGAGGGCUUGAGAUGCACCCACUCUUCAUUACGAUUGGCAACCUCGAUUCAGAAGUUCGCUCCAAGGCUACACUACGAGCUUGGCGGUGUAUUGCUUACAUGCCCAUCGCCAAGUUUCGUGUGCAUCCUGAUUAUCAGAGCAUUCUGCAAGCACGGCUGUGGCAUAAAUGUGUCGAUCUUGUCUGCGCCAAUCUCAAGAUUGCAGCAAAAAAUGAGGCUACCAUGAUCGCUACUGAGGCUGAUCCUUGGGAUCUCGAUAAAUUCCAGAAGGCAGCAAAAGCAGUCCAUCUGUCAGGAGUUCACAUGCCGUAUUGGCGCGAUUGGAUGUUCGCAUGCCCGUCUGUCUUUCUCACUGGUGAAUUUUUUGCAGAUCAUCCGCUCAAUUGGAUCAAGGAGACAGUAGGGAAACCUGAGCUCGAUGCUCGCUUCAUGGUUCAGCAUAAGCGGGUGGGAACACGUCACUUCACCAAAGAUAUCCAACGCACCAUUGUCGCUUCAAUUGCAGGUGUUGCUCCACCCAGAUUCAUUCGUGCCAUUCGCGCCCUUGUGGAGUUCAUCUAUCUUUCGCAGAAUCCAUCGAUGGCGCAAGCACUUUCAGAUUUUCACAUGUUCAAGGAUGCUAUUGUCGAUGCUGAGGCAAGGAGGGGAAAGAAAGGUGUUAAAGAAGAUUUCUUUAUCCCGAAACUCGAGCUAUUGCAAAGCUUUGGAGGCACAGUCGAGAGACUGGGCACUUUGAUGCAGUUUUCGGCUGAUAUGACAGAGCGCUUACUCAUUACACACUGCAAGCAUCUCUUUGGGCGCACAAACCGGCGAUCCACUGAUUUUACAGAGCAGUGCGUACGGAUCCUCAACCGCCAAGAGUCAAUGGAAUUAUUCAACUUGUAUGUGUUAUUCUAUUCUCGUGGCGCGUCACUCGUCAAUGCCAUAUGUAUGGAAGAUGAGGAAGUGACAACCGUUAAUCCAGCACUUUCCUGGGUUUCUCGUGUUCUCCCUGAUGAAGCACAUUCCGUUCAUGGACCUCGGCCAGUUCGGAAUCAUUUUCUUAAGGGCAUUCUUUCUGGAGAUGCUCACACUGCCUUCCAUCUGACUUCGACACCAGAUUUCAAGGCUCUGACACCCAUUGCUAUUGAAACCAAAUAUUCACUUGUUAAUUUCAAUCGCGCGCUCUCUCAGUUUAUCAAUCAGCUAUCCCUCCUCACUGGCGAGCAUACCCGCUGGGACCACAAAUACGGACGCUUUUGCGUGUGGAACAAAUUUCGACUACAGCUUCACUCUGCUUUCCAGCCACGAGUCAUCAUGCCAAGCAGAGUGAUACAAGCGUACCCACCGAGUGAUGCAUUCCCCCUUGGAAACUGUGACACUGUCCUAAUCAAUGUCAUGGAUGAUGAUGGCCAAAGUAGUAAGUUUAUUCUUGCAGUCCCGAAGAUUCCAGGGACUUCUGACUUGGUGUUGCCAACGUUCCUCUCCGGUCCACUCCUCUACGUCCAAUUCUUUCACUUCGUCGCUAAUCCCAGUGACCGUCCUGAACUUGCAAUGUGGACAGUAGAGCGCACAUACACGAUGGACCAACAUGGCAGACGUUGUAGGUGUGGUGGCGUGAUAUCAUUGACGGAUGUAACACAUGCUGUCGAAUUGAUACCAGAAUAUGGUAACAAGGUAGACGCAAAGAUUUCUUCGGCCACUUGUUUGGAGAGCUAUGACCGGUUUUUUCUUAACAGUUUCGCAGAUAAGGAGAGCUAUCAUACAUUCAGCACGGAGUUCGCAUAG